GCAUCGUACACCCCUUCACCGUACGGUUCUCUUCCCCGAAUCGAACGUGGUGGCGUCGGGCUUCCUUGGCGAGCGCGCACUGAAUCGGGCACGUCUCCUACUUUCCUCGCGCGGCGGCGGAGCUCACAUGGAUUCGGCUUCCUCCACUGCUGCAAAGCGCGGCGGCGCCCUCACCCUAACGGCCUCACCCAGUCGGAAGGAUGGAGACCCCCCGGCAUGACGACGAGUCCCACGGAGGGGCCGCGGCGACGGCGCUGCUGCACGAGAUGCUGCUCCGGGCUCGCCGGGAUGGGGAGGAGCCGGAGCUGUCGGACGAGCAGCUGCGCUCCAACGACCAGCUCCAGGAAGACGAGAUGCUGGCACUAGAGGCAAUUUAUGGAGACAAUAUAAGCAUUUUAAGUGCAAAGGAUGGACUACGUUGUUUCCAGGUCCAUGUGCACUGCGAAAUUCCUGAUGGCAUCAGUGUAUCCGCAGAGCUAUCUCGGGAUGAUAAUCGUGACCAGAACAGUCGAUUCUUUGACACAUUCAGCGUCCAGCACUUGGCUCCAAUUUCAUUCACAUGCCUUAUGCCUCCAUCAUACCCAAGCCAUCAUGCUCCGUACUUUACUCUCAGUUCACAGUGGUUGGACACUGUGAAAGUUUCCUCCCUUUGCCUCAUGCUGGACACAAUCUGGUCACAACAACUUGGACUGGAAGUAGUUUAUGGGUGGGUGCAAUGGCUGCAGAGCUCUGCACUUUCUCAUCUUGGUUUUAAUGAUGGUAUAGUCAUACAACAGCCUGAUAGUAUGAUGGGUCCUGUGGAUGUUCGUGUUGUUGCAGAGAUUGUGUCCGUAGAAUCUGCUGUUCAAUGGUUAAUCAGCUACAAUGAGGAGCAAUGCCAUGAAUCUUUUCUAAUUGGCCUUCAUGACUGCAUGAUUUGUUUCACGGAGCGUGCAGGUAUUGACUUCAUUAAACUUCCAUGCGGGCAUUACUUUUGUCAGAGGUGCAUGGAAACGUACUCAAGGAUGCAUGUCGCAGAAGGAACAGUGCUGAAAUUGCUGUGUCCUAAUGACAAGUGCGGGGACAUUAUUCCUCCAAGUCUACUAAAGAGGAUGCUAGGAGACAAAGAUUUUGAACGAUGGGAAAGAUUGACACUUCAGAAGACUCUAGACUCAAUGUCAGACGUGGCUUACUGUCCAAGAUGUGUAACAGCUUGCCUGGAAGACGAGGAGAACAACGCCCAGUGCUCCAAGUGCUUCUUCAGCUUCUGCACCCGCUGCAGAUACCUUCGUCAUAUAGGAGAGAGAUGCAUUAGUCCAGAAGAAAAACUUCUUUCCUUACAGGAUCGCAAUAAGGUGCGUCAGUUAAGCAAAGGAAACUUUGCCAGGAGAAUUAACUUGGCGAAUGAGAUAUCCAGCAUCAAGGAAGUGCUUCGUUCUUCUGUUCUGUGUCCACAUUGUGGUACUGCCAUCUCACGAGUAUCAGGCUGCGACCACAUGUUAUGCAGUAACUGUAGGCAACCGUUCUGCUAUUCCUGUGGCAAGCCACUGCAUCGUGGCCAUUCAAGUGAACAGUGCAGAAUUGAUCAGGAGAAUUCGGCAGGAGAAACACUGAAGGUGAAUCCAAGUAGUUUGAUCACAGAGAUGAAGAAAGAACUGGUAGAGGAACGAUCAAGACAGCAUCCGUGCUCGACUUGUCGCCAACUAAAUCCCAAGAUGGGAAAUAACAACCAUAUCUUCUGCUGGGCAUGCCAAGUUCAUUACUGUGCGCUGUGCCGCAUGGUGGUGCGGAAGAGCUCGGAGCAUUAUGGUCCCCGUGGAUGCAAGCAGCACAGUGUCGACCCCUAGAUCCCUCCGGCUCGAGAUAAGCAAAAAUGUGACUCUCGUUCAGAACACAUAGACUUGAGAGGUGAUCCGUUGGCGGAGCAUUGAUCGGUUUCAGCUAUGGUUUACUUCUUUCAUCCGGACAAUGUAUGGUCUGUCAUGAAUUGUUUUGUCAAAGCAACCGAACUCUCAACCUCAAACGACAUGUUCUCUCUAUAAUAAUGUUUUCCAUUGAAAUGAUUUCGUUUGUUUGAUGUGUCAAGUGUGCGAGUGUACCUGUAACAUAGUUGUAGCAGCAGGAUAUAGGGGGAAAAAGGUGAGUGAAUUACAUAUUUACAGUUUGUGUCAUCUUCUAUUAUGAAAGUUUUCUCCUUUUCGAAUUUUUUUUAUGAAAGAUUUACUUGGAACCA